GGCUAGGCACCAGCAAACCCCGCGAGCUGACAAAAAAGGUAACAGAUAUACCUUUCCCGCAAUAUUUUAAGGGAGAUCUCUUUCCCCUUCAUUCUACCACUAUAGUCCAAACAAAAAACCUAUCACCAUGGCCUCGUCCUCGAAGCCUUCGAGCUUUCUACUCUAUACCUGCAUAGCCCACCGUACUACAAUCCUCGCAGAGCAUUCCGCACCAGGAACAUCCUCAACAUCCGCCUCCUCGCUCGCCUCCAUCAUCCUCCCCAAAAUCACGCACGAGAAAUCCCAAAAGCUCACCUACACCCAUGAACGCCUCUUCGUCCACUAUGUCGCCGACUCACCUACGGGGGCAUCGGACGACUCCAGCGCCCGACAGGAACCACAAUCCUACGCCCCGCUAAGCUACAUCGUCGUCGCGACCGCCGAGCAAGGCCGUCGCAUCCCAUUUGCCUUCCUCCUCGAAAUGAAACGCAAGUUCCUAUCUACCUACCCGCCCUCUGGUACCGAUUUCGCCGCUCUACCAGCCUACGGUUGCGCUGCGUUCAACAAUGAGCUCCGCUCCCUGCUCCAGACCUACAACACCGCCCCGCCAUCGGAUUCCAUCGCCUCAGCCCGUAGGGAGAUCGACAGCGUCCGGGAUAUCAUGACAGAGAAUAUCGAGCGGGUACUGGAGCGUGGGGAGCGGAUUGACCUACUCGUUGACAAGACGGACCGGUUAGGCGGGAGUGCGCACGAUUUCCGCAUUCGGAGCCGGGGCCUGAGGCGACGGAUGUGGUGGAAGAAUAUCAAGCUGAUGGUGCUCUUGGGAGUCGUUAUCGUGUUCCUACUGUAUCUAUUUAUUGGGAUGGGGUGUGGAUUGCCGGCCUGGGGGAAGUGUGUGGGUCACAGUGAGAAGUGAAGGCUAGUGAUUAUGGUUGUUUAGUCUGAUCGUGAUAAGUACCGCUACUGCGUACGGGGUGGUAUGUCGGAUUGUGGGGAGGGGGAGGCGCUUUUACAAUGUCUUUCACGAUGGGUUGUUCUGCAGUUUAGCACACUUCUUUUCUUGUACUAUUAAGCAUAAAGCUGGUAUCUUUCUCAUACAUAAUAAAUGCGGGUUUCUUGUUGUGGUUGGGAUUUGUUCUGCGUAUGCCCGGAUGAAUAACGCACGCAUAAGUAUACAAUAGAAUAUAUAUUUAUGUUACCAAAAUGGUGACUAUUUUUAAGCCACUGAGACAGCUACCGUCAUAUGCUACCCGAAAGAGAAAGGAACCAAGAAUAAAAGUAAAUUCGGCCAAAAUUCAUUAAACUACUUCUAACUAGGCAUU